AUGCCCCGCACCCCAGUCAGGGAUGGCCUCUGGCUCCUGUCCACCUACUUGGAAGAGCUGGAGGCCAUGGACCUGAAGAAGUUCAAGUUAUACCUGGGGGCUGCGGCCGAGCUGGGGCAGGGCGGGAUCCCCCGGGGGCGCAUGGAGACCGCAGGUCCCCUGGAGAUGGCCCAGCUGCUGCUGGCCCACUGCGGGGCGAGGGACGCCUGGCGGCUCACUCUGCGCCUCUUUGAGCGGAUCAACAGGAAGGACCUGUGGGAGCGAGGACAGUCGGAGGAACUGGCGAGGGAACCCCCGCCUGGAGGACAGCCCCCCCCGGGGCACCAGUCAGGAUGGGCUCUUCCGACCCAGUCUCCCCAGAAAGAUCCCCGGGAAGUCUACAAGGACUAUGUCCGCAGGAAAUUCAGGCUCAUGGAGGAUCGCAACGCACGCCUGGGCGAGUGUGUCAACCUCAGCCACCGAUACACCCGGCUCAUCCUGGUGAAAGAGCACUCCAGCCCCCUGCGGGCCCAGCAGAAGCUUCUGACCACGGACCGGGGACACCAGACCAGCCUCAUCCAGAUGGAAUCCCUCUUCGAGCCGGACGAGGAGCGCCCCGAGCCCCCGCGCACCGUGGUUCUGCAGGGCGCAGCCGGAAUGGGCAAGUCUAUGCUCGCCCACAAGGUGAUGCUGGACUGGGCGGAUGGGAAGCUCUUCCAAGACAGGUUUGAUUAUCUCUUCUACAUCAACUGCAGGGAGAUGAACCAGGGGGCCGCAGAGCGGAGCGCCCAAGACCUCAUGUCCACCUGCUGGCCGCAGCCCAGCGUGCCCCUUGGGGAACUCAUCCACGUUUCUGAGCGCCUGCUGCUCAUCAUCGACGGCUUUGAUGAGCUCAAGCCGUCCUUCCACGACCCUCAGGGUCCCUGUUGCUUCUGCUGGGAGAAGAAGGGGCCCCCAGAGCUUCUCCUGAGCAGCCUGAUUCGGAAGAAGCUGCUGCCUGAGCUGUCUUUGCUUAUCACCACCAGGCCUACCGCUCUGCGGAAGCUGCAGCGCAUGGUAGAGCACCCCAGGCAUGUGGAGAUCCUGGGCUUCUCCCAAGCGGAACGGAAGGAGUACUUCUACAAGUAUUUCCACAACACAGAGCAGGCCGCCCAGGUCUUCAAUUUUGUGAGGGACAACGAGGCCCUCUUCACCCUGUGCUUCGUCCCCCUGGUGUGCUGGGUCAUUUGCACCUGUCUCAAACAGCAGCUGGAGGAUGGGGGGCUUUUAAGACAGAAGUCCAGGACCACCACUGCCGUGUACAUGCUCUACUUCCUGAGCCUGAUGCAGCCCAAGCCGGGCACGCCCAAGCUACAGCCGCCGCCCAACCAGAGAGGGCUGUGUUCACUGGCCGCAGACGGCGUCUGGCAUCAGAAAAUCCUGUUUGAGGAGCAGGACCUCAGGAAGCACGGCCUGGACGGGGCCGACGUCUCUGCCUUCCUCAACAUGAACAUCUUCCAGAAGGACAUCAACUGCGAGAAGGUCUACAGUUUCAUCCACCUGAGCUUCCAGGAGUUCUUUGCCGCCAUGUACUACGUCCUGGAAGGUGGAGAGACCCUGACUAGGCUGCUGUCUGAGUACGGGUUUUCCGAAAGAAGCUUCUUGGCGUUCACCGUCCAUUUCCUCUUUGGGCUCCUGAACCCGGAGAUGAGCAGCUACCUGGAGGAGAGUCUGGGCUGGCAGGUCUCUCCUCGCAUCAAGGCACAGGUGUUGAGCUGGAUACAAAGCAAGGCUCAGAGCGAGGGCUCCACGCUGCAGCAAGGCGCCCUGGAGCUGUUCACCUGCCUGUACGAGAUCCAGGAGGAGGAAUUUAUCCAACAAGCCCUGAGCCCCUUCCGAGCGGUGGUGGUCAGCCACAUGGCCACCAAGAUGGAGUACCUGGCCUCGUCGUUCUGCGUGAGAAACUGCAAGAACAUGCUUGAGCUGCAUUUGCACGGGGCAACCUGCAGGGAGGACGAGGAGCACAGGCCGAGGGGCACAGGGUGGCCGGCACAACUCCCCUCUGUCCUGCUUCUUCCACGCAGAGCCAGGAGCACUGUUUUGCCGGACGCCUACGGCAGGCAGCUAGCUGUCGUCCUGAGCGCCAACCCCAGCCUGCUAGAGCUGGCUCUGUACCACCACGCGCUGGAUAGCCAGGGGGUGAGGCUGCUGUGUCAAGGGCUCAGACACCCCAACUGCAAGCUCCAGAGCCUGAGGCUGAAGAGGUGCCAGGUCUCUGGCCCCGCCUGCCAGGACCUCGCCGAGGCGCUGGUGGCCAGUGAGAAUUUAGUCAAGCUGGACCUAAGCAGCAACAGCCUGACGCUCCGGGACGUGCAGCUGCUGUGCGAGGGACUGAGGCGCCCCCAGUGCCGGCUGCAGGUGAUUCAGUUGAGAAAAUGUCAGCUGGAAGCUGGGGCUUGCCAGGAGAUGGCAUCCGUGCUCAGCACCAACCAACAUCUGGUGGAGCUGGACCUGACGGGAAACGCCCUGGAGGACCUGGGUGUGCAGGAGCUGUGUCGGGGUUUGAGGCACCCCGCCUGUAGGCUGCGCAUCUUGUGGUUGAAGAUCUGCCGCCUCACAGCCGCCGCCUGUGAGCACCUGGCCUCCACCCUCAGUGUGAACCAGAGCCUGAGGGAGCUGGACUUAAGCCUGAAUGACCUGGGGGACCCUGGGGUGCUGCUGCUCUGUGAGGGGCUCAAGCAUCCCCACUGCAAACUCCAGACCCUCCGGCUGGGCAUCUGCCGCCUGGGAGCCGCCGCCUGUGAGGGUCUGUGCGCAGUGCUCGGGGCCAGCCCCCACCUCCAGGAGAUGGACCUCAGCUUCAACGACCUGGGCGACCCGGGCACGUGGUGGCUGUGCGAGGGCCUGCGACACCCAGGCUGCAGGCUCCGGAGACUGUGGCUGGAUAGCUGUGGCCUCACAGCUAAAGCUUGUGAGGAUCUUUCUAACACCCUGGGGACCAACCAGAUCCUGCAGGAGCUUUAUCUGACCAACAACGCCCUGGGGAACACAGGGGUCAGGCAGCUGUGCAAGAGACUGAGCCUUCCUGCUUGCAAACUCCAAGUCCUCUGGCUAUUUGGGAUGGAACUGAGCAAAUCCACCCACAGGCGGCUGGCGGCACUACGAGCAACCAAGCCUUAUCUAGACAUUGGCUGCUGAAUGCUAUCUGCUGGUUCCUCUCAGGUCAAGCCCACCCCAGGACCAAGAUCUUUACUCAAGAUAAACUCA